AUCACAUGACGUUUUUUUUUCUUUUAAGACGCAGUGACAAAUCCAAAAUAUUUCCGCUCUGUUUUCUUCUUUUUUGUUGCAAACAUAGCCGUACUAAUCACGGCUACAGUUACUGAUCCAUGCCGAUUAAACCAGGGUAAAAAAGCACUGGGUCAGUAAAAUCGUUGCAUAUGGAGGUAGAAGGAAUGGAAGAUGAAGGACCUUCGUCCCAAAGUGAACUUCCUCACAGUGAAGAUCUACAGUCGGUCCAGCAAGAAUCAUUGCAUCUGGAUGGCUCAGCCCUGGUGGAAAACGUGUAUGUGGAUAAGAAAGCAGUGGACAAACUCACAGAGGGAUUCCUCACUCACUACCUACCAGAUCUGCAGAACUCUAAGAGAGCCCUCCAGGAGCUCACACAAAAUCAGCUUGUGCUGUUGGACACACUGGACCAAGAAGUCACAAAGUUCAGAGAAUGUAAUGCCUUAUUGGACCUCAAUUCCCUGUUUACAGAGGCGAAGAUGUACCACAAUAAACUGGUGAACAUAAGGAAAGAGAUGAUUAUGCUCCAUGAAAAGACAACUAAACUAAAGAAAAGAGCUUUGAAGCUGCAGCAACAAAAGCAGAAGGAGGCGUUGGAGAAGGAGCAGCAGCGGGAGAAGGAACUGGAGAGAGAAAGGCAGCUCAUCGCCAAACCUGCUAAAAGAACGUAGGAUCCCCAAGUGCGUCUGCUGUAUUAAAAGACAAUACGGGGGAGGGGGGCGGGGGUUUGCAUGUUUUAGUCUAUUUAUUACAUUUCUUAUUCAUUAUACAGCACGUUACUGCUAGCCAUUUUCCAAAGUGCACAAGUUUAAAAUUAUAAGAUCAAAUGAAAUGGAGAAAUAUUAUAUGAACAUCAACUUGAAACAUGCUUGAUACAUGUAAUCCAUCACAGUUAAUAUCAAAUUCUACUUUAAAUUAUUGUUAAAUGUUAAUGCAGAGCUCACUGAUAUAAAUUUUCUUUGAAAUAUUGAUUGCGUUUGAAGUAUGAUUGUUUUAAACGUACGUUAUUCCAGUUGCAGGCAGGUUUGUGUGGUACAGACAGAGUUUACCACCUGUUAUGUUAAUGGCUGUUUCUGCAGUCGUUAUACGCUGAGAUUGGCUUCAAAGACGUUUUUGGUUUCUAGGAGUAACGGGAGUGGCUGUAAACUCACUAGAAUAACUGGAACCUGCUUGAGUUUUGGAGUUGCAUCUCUCUGGCACCUUGUUUCUUCAUUUCUAUGGCAGCACUCACCAUCUUUAGAUCCAUUUCAUAAGGAAGCAAAAUUGGAACAAGAUGUCAUUUUUCUAUUUGAAUAAUCUGAAACGGUUGUCAUUGAAAGAAGUGGAAACAAAACGUAAAGAAAAAGUCUGUUUAACCAUCUUGAAACCGAAAGAUGCUUUGGAAAAUGUUUCUCUUAUUAAGUAGUUCUUAGUACAUGGACUAAAACUUGCAAAACCUCUGGUUUGAUUGACCCCAGAUUACAUUGCCAAGAAGACCACAAACCAAAGACAUUAACUAAAUCAUCAAAUGCUGGUACUUCCCACUAUCAGUGUCUGAUGGCACACCAAUUUGUGCACUUCUUCAAACAGAAUUGUUGAAAAUUGCUUAGAUACUCACGUAGCCAUCAGACCACAGCCUGGGAUAAUCAGUGCGCUUGGUGUCAUUUGUUGAAGUAUUAAUAUGUUGUUCCUGGACCCUCUUAGUGUUGAAUGUUAUAAAACAAGACAUGCUGUUUAAAGUCACAUAGGUCUGCACUAAAUUUGACUGACUGUAUUUCUGCCGUUCAGAUGAUGUAUAGCUAAUUUAUGAUGGUGGAUGAAUAAAAAUGUAUCAAACUUUGCCAUCACAAUAAUCAGCGUCUGUAAAUUUGUUUAGCAGACCUUUCGAGAGGCUUCUAUGCACUAGUUGUUACUGAAACCUCAGUAUUUGUACUAUUAAUAAAAAAACAGACUGGUUUAUAGUA